CAGUAUAGGCGACCUUGGCUUUUUAUUUGCUUUUUUACGUUUAACAUUAAAUGACCCAGGAUUUACAAGCUCGCGCCUCUAGAUGGCGCCCUGAAGUAAGCUUAUGUACUGUACUGUAACUCGCUAGAUUAUCUUGUAACCGCUGUGUUCGUAUGACUUUUUAUUUACAGCACAAUCACACCUUCUAUAUCUCGUUACACUAUAGAGGGUAAAGAAAAUUUAUUUGGUUAAUGAAAUAAGAAUGUAUUUGGUUGACGGUCUUUCUGUGAAAUAACUGUUGAAAUAGCGUACGAUGGGAAAUAUGUAAAGGGCAGGUCGGACCCAUUAAAAUGUAACACCGCGGUUAGGCACGCUAGAGGAAACACCGCUUAGCUCGAGCACUGGAACAGGGUUUAUAACGGUGUCGAGUCUUGGCAGGUGAAAUGUAAAAUGCUCAGUCGUUGUGUUUGAUGAGCUGUUGCUCCUGGCAGUGAUGGCAGACAGUGAGUGGCAGUGUGUGCGGCGCGGCAGAGGAAAAGUCCGCAAAGGGAAACCUGCUCAGCCGGAACCGGAGUCUGUGGACCGGGAACGGGACAAACGCAGGACAGCGGAGGCGAUCAAUGAGCUGAGGUGUGAAGACUUCUGGCCAAAGUGGAAAGAGAUCUUGUCUGGCUGUCUGGCUGAGACUGUAGAUAAAACAAUUGAAGGUACCGAUUGCUUUAUGGAGUGUGUAUGUUAUGGGCUGGGCAACUUCUCCUUCUGUGUGUCUGCAAGAUAUCAGCUUGCCAUGUUGCUACUGUUGCUGGAAGCAUUACAGAUUCCUGUGAGCCGGUGUAGCAUGUAUGACCCUGUGUUUACAGAGGCAGAAUGUCAAAUACUCAGCGAGUUGGGCUUUACAGUGCUGACUGAAAAUGAGGAAGGGAAGCGAGCAGUCUGCCACCCCACCCUCUUCUACUUAAUGCAUUGUGGAAAAGCUUUGUACAACAAUCUGCUCUGGAAGAAUUGGAGUCCUCAGAUCCUGCCGAAGGUCAUCCUUAUUGGCAACAGUUUUCAUGGCAUUCAGGAGAGAAUGCUUCAGAGGGAGCUUGAAAGAGACUACAGUUUUCUUUCACAUGUAAUAAAUGCUUGUGAGGAGACACGACUGCCCUGCUCACAGCGUUUCCUAGAUGUGUUUAAUGAUACUGCCCUCAUCCGGUUUCCUCCACUCAAGCUUCAUAAUCUCCCGGAAUCGACGUGGGAUGAAUCUUCAGAGCCCCAGUAUGAGCACUGCCAAGAUCUGGAGAUCAUUCGGACAGUCAAGAACCCAAAUAAAAAUAACUGUGCUUAAA